UCCUCCGUUGUGGCUCGUGGGCCGUGCCCUGAAGCCGUGCCCUGCGGCUGGAGGUGCCCGCACCUCCGCUGGUAAACCUUCUUUGGGACUGCUUACUGCUAGGACGGUGUAGGGGUGGUGUCCAGCGGGGCUCCUCACCCGCAUCCGGGUCACCGCUUGCUUCCGGCUGAGUGGCGGCGGGCCGCGGGCGCGGAGCGGAAAGGUGAGGGACAGGCGCGGUCCGUGGGAUGUGGUGCCGUGACCUUCAACGGUAGGAGGCGGUCCCACGGGGCCACCGAGGAUUCGGUGCCAGGCCAGGGCCACACCCGCCCGCGCUGAGGUGUGGAGACGGCGGUCCGAGGGUGCUGGGCGGCUUUGUUCCCCGCGACUGCCCUCGUUGUCCCGGCUCGGGGAAGGCUGGCAGCAGGUGGGUGCCAGGAGGAAAGGAGCUGUGGGCUCCCAUGCGCUGUGUUCGGUGCUUGUCCUACGUGGUGGGCAGUGCCCUUUGGUGGUGGGCUUUGUGUGUGCUUUUAGUUCUUUGAAUAGGUCUAGGGCUCAAGAUAGCUUUUUAUUAAUAGUAUUUCUAUUUUUAAGCGUUUGGUGAAAGCCUUAGGUCUCUGGUUUUAUUGCUGUUGGUGAUUAUAAGGACCUAUGGUGUUUUUCCCCUCUUGCUGUGAGAUUUGUACGUGGCUGCAGCCUGGGACUUGUGCUCUCAGGUGGGGUUGAAUGCCGGAGAAGGACAGACGUGCGUUCAUGUCUCACCAGCAGGCAUCAGAUUUUGAUCAAAUCUCAUUAUUCACGUAUUUCUCUGUAAUUGUGAGCCUUUCAGUAAAUAACUUGCAAGAGAACAACCUCACUGCUUUAUCUGUUUCAUGAGUGGAUGUGCUUCUUAGGUAUUAUAUAUAUCUGUGCUUGCUCACAUACUGAGAUCUUUAUUGGGCCUUGUAACCAUGAUUGUUAACUGUUUGGAGUCUGUCUUGUGCUGUAUGGCUACCUUGGAUGAGCUUUUGCUUCUGGAAUAGCUGCAUGUGUGCGAGUAGAGGAGGAAUCCGGCAGGGGCUGCCUUGGUUUGCUGCUCUCAGUUGCCUGAGUUCUGGCGUAUGUACAAACAUCAAGUCAGAGCUGGGGCUGGUGGUGGUUGUGAAUAUCAGAGUUCAUAGGGUCUUGGUGAAGUCCUUUCUUGUAGGCGCUUUCCUAAUCCUGAGCUUUCAUAUGUGUAAUGGAGCUCUUUUGUUAAGCAGUUAUUAAUGCUGGGCAUGGAAGAAUGUUAGUACUUGAUCCCACUUCUUACCUGCUCAAGCCAUUGUUUCCCUUAAGGGUGUGUUACUAAUGUGCCAGACUGGGAUCUUUCUCAUUCGUAGUGCUCUUCUUGUGAAGUAACAGUAGUUAGGUUGGUUUUGUGUAUGAACUUGAUCUUGCACAGCUUGAGGAAAGAGGUGGGAGGGAAAGAAGUGAACUCUUCGUGGAGAGGGCUGGAUUAUGUUUUUUCUUCUGUCCCUUACACUAAGAUGCUAAUUCAGAACUCAACGCUGUGAUUCAUGGGUUUUUCUUUUGACAUCAGUGCAAAUUCUGACUGGGGAAACAACAAGCUAUGUGCAUUUAAGCAGAAGUUGAACAGCUACUGAACUUCUCCCGUGCCGUGAUCAUUAAGCACAUCCUUUCCUCAAGUAACAUUAGCUGUUAGGCUGUUGGCUUGCUUGUUUUUCUUGGGCUUUUGUGGUGUGAGGGUUUUUUUGUGUGUGUGGCUUUUAUAUCCAUGUAAUGGCUACUUUCGUGGACUUAAUUUUGACCUUAUUGGUGAUUUUCAUUUUAACAGGAGCAUAUGGUGGCAUUGAUCAACAUUCUAGCAGCUGGAAUUAAUAUUGAGUGGAAAGUGCUUUCUGAAAUGUUGCUUCAGUGUCUCUGCAGCUGACCCAACGCUCUGCCUUUCGGUUGAUCCCCCUCUCCAUCUUGGUUUGCAGUUGAGAAGUACUAGAUUGCACUCUUCUAAAAAACAAAGGCCAUGGUCUACUUUUUAAUCACAAGUUCUUCAGAUAGUCAGGAUAGUCUGCUAGACUCCUCGUUAGUUGGCUUUGGUGAAUUAACAUGGAGAGGCUUGUUUUGGCACCAGCUAUUUCUGUGUAAUGUGUGAGCUCAGUAAGGUGGGAAUGCUUAUUAGUACAGACAAAAUAAAUCACAAUAUCUGAUUAAAAUCAUGUUUGUGUAAGUUGUUUGAUCUGAAACAGUAAAAUAAAACAAGAUCGUGAGAGCUCAUGCUUUCCCUUUCGGUCUCUUGUUAUGAGUUACUUUGGCCCUGGUUCCCUAACCCGAGGAAUCCUCAAUCUGGACAUGAGCCUACAUGGACUUUCUUUUAUCAAAUUCCUACUGUCUUGCUUGAUUUUAGGUUUGUUGUGCUCUGUUAUAGGCAGAUAAAUUGAAAACGAAGGAGAGAAUAACGGGGAAAAGCAGGACACUAGCACUUCUGUAGACGUUUGUGCUUUUUCAGAAACCUGGAGAGGUUGUUUUGGGAGCUACUCCUCUGUGAGCCAUUUUAUAAAAUCCUGUGAAGUAAAUAGAUGCUGUGGACGUCUGGGAUUUAUGCAACUGUGAUGACUUGUCUUUGUUUUCAAUUUUUAUUUCAGAAGAGUUGCCAUUACCGAAGGUUCUUAAUACCAGAUAAUCAACCUACUACCAAAUAACCAUGAGAGAGACAAAGUAGCUUCCCAAGCCUGAGACAAAAACUGAUUUCAAUGGAUACAAAAUAUAAAGACGAUUUAUUUAGAAAAUUCCGGUUGAUAAAAUUUUAUGAGAUGGCUGAAAACUCACUGAGAUCUCUGAAAUCCUCAAGUUUACAUUCUCUGCAUAAUGCAUUCAGCAUGCUUGAGACUCUUGGAAUUAAUCUCUUUCUUUAUCCCUGGAAAAAGGAGUUCAAACACAUAAAGACCUACACGGGACCCUUUGUAUAUUAUGUAAAGUCUGCUCUCACUGAAGAUGAUGUAAGGCAGAUUCUGAACUACAUGGGCUAUGUCCAAGAGGUGGGAACAAUGUAUAAGCUCAAAGAGCAGAUUGAUGCUAUUCAAGUGAAAAUGGUUUCAUUUGAACUCUUUUUGGCCAAAGUGGAAUGUGAGCAGCUUCUUGAAAUUCAUUUGCAAGUGAAGGAUAAAGGCUAUUUGGAGAUUGAUGUCGUAAGUGAACGAAAAAAUAGCAACGAAGAUACUAGAGGCUGCUCAGAAGCUAUGAAACGGCGAGCAGAAUGCAAAGAAAACUUAAAUACUUCUAUGGCACGAAUGGUACUUCAGAAAUCUGCAAGUGAACGGGCCUCUAAAGAUUAUUUCAAGCCAAAAGUGAGCAAGCCUUCUAAAUCAGUAGACACAUACGAUAAUUACUGGGAAAAUAAGAAACCACCAUUGAUGAGCUCAUUGAGUCUCAGGAAAGAACCAAUCUUAGUUGAUGCGGAAGAUGACGUCAAAGAUGAAAUUAUUCGCCCAUCACCCUCUCUUCUGACAAUGUCAAGCUCUCCACAUGCAUGUUCAGAUGAAUUUUUGCCAACUUCAUCUCAUCACAAUGGCAUGUUAAGAACAAAUGUCCCUUACAGCUCCUAUUUUUCUGCUCAAGAGGACUUAGAUUUAUAUACUGAUCCUGAUUCUAGAAGUAUGUUAAAUUUUAAAAGACAGGAAGCUAUUAAGCCUGAUGUGUGGCUGUUAAAAAAUGAUGCCAACCCUGUUUACCACAAGCGUGCCCACCUAGCCAAAGAGACACCUUCCCUCAAGUGCCAAAACUGUGGCGUACCUUGUGGGGCUUCUGUUUGCCAAAAGUGUGACAAUCUCUUCAACUCCAGGCAGGACUACCCAGUAGUGAAACAGAGCACCUAUUCCAUCAAACCACUUCCAAAUGAUGGCUUAUCUCCUGCCUCUGCUUUAAGAGAGAAACCUCAGUACACAUCACAGACUCAAAGUCAAGAGAGAGCUUCUCAAUUCAGUUCAAAAUCCAAACCUGUGAGCACCUCACGCUGUGGCUUUUGUAACCGAUCUGGAGCUGCAAACACUUGCAUGUUUUGUUCAAAAGUCUCAUGUGAUGCUUGCCUCAAUGCUUACUAUUAUGAUCCCUGCUGUAGGAAGAGCGAGCUUCACAGAUUCAUGCCUAACAAUCAGUUAAACUAUAAAUCAACCCAACUGUCCCAUGUAGUGUAUAGAUAGACCAAUCAAGCCUGUUUUGGAGGGGAAGGGAAAGGGCUAUUUAAUGUUCUGACUCCACUGAUGAGAAGAAAAACACUGACCUCUUACAAAAUUGACAUGCCCAAAUAUUUGGAACCACGGUUCAGUGAUCAGGUGCCAGUUCUUGACUUUUGUGGCUUAACAAAUGCUGCAGAUACAGGAUUUCAUGCUGCUAUUAUUUAGGUAACUCCUAAAUCAUCAUUACUUCUCAAUUUAAAUGAGGGAGAAGAGCACUUUUUUUUUUUUAAUAAUAUCUUGGCAGCUGUUGCAUUAUAGAAAAGUGACAUCACACAUUUCACACCAUUUUAGUCAUCUCUUUGCCCAAAUGAAGCCUUGUGAGGCUCUGGAAAUUAAGAUUCGCAUUUUCUGUGGGUGUUGGAACUAUUGCCGUUUUUUGGUAAAGUAUGACUCUCAAAUGUGCAAGAAAUAUGUGAAUAGCUUGUUUUGCCAACAAGGACUAUUUUUCAAAGUGUGUCUGCAUUUCUUGAUCUCCAAAAUGCAAACACCACAGCAUCUCUUUUCAUCGUUGUUUCUUCCUUCUCCCCUUAUGUCCCAGUUGUUUAUCUCAAAAUUAUAUAAUCUGAAUCUGAACAAUAUGUGCUUUAUUUUCUAGUGCUGCCAAUAUCAUCCUGCUGUUUUUUACUGUAUGGUAUUUUAAAACUGUGAACUUGUAUUCAUGUCACUUAAAUUAUGCCUAGUGUUGUCGUCCCGAUGAGUACAGAUUUUCUUUCAGUUGCACGUGUAUUAAGUGCAGUUCUUUGUACUGUAAACAGGUAAUUUGGAAACAGUUUAUUUUUAAUAAAUAUUUAAUAUGUUGAGUUCUUAAAGGUGGUAAGAUCAUUAUAACUACUAAGUCUCUCUGGGUUAUUUAUUCAGGUGGCUUUUUCUUUCUACUUGUACUGUAUUUCAUAGCUUGUUGUAGUUGCUUUGGCAGACUGAUGUUAUUUGCUCUGAUCAGUUUUUUUUAAUCCAAAUUUUCUUUUUUCCUUCUGCUAAGGCUACCACUAAACUAGGUGGAGUCUUGUCUAAGAACUGCAAGAUUUUGGUUCUCAGUGCACACUUUUCCUUUGUGGUUAUGGGAAUUGUAAGUAUAAAUCUUACACUUGCGUCCAAAUUCACUGCAGAGUCUGUAGUGUAGUCAGCAGGUAAAGCGCUGGCAUGAUGAAAAAUCAGAGCUUGUUUGUGAAUCCUGUGUUUACGUUAAAGUAAACCUAACAGUUAUGGAUGUGAAUCCGGUAAUGAUAUUUAUCUGUGUUACUGUAGCACAUAGGAACCCUUGUGCUAGACUCUGUACAGUUUCGCCCCAGAACAACACCCAGUUAUUAAUAGGCUGUAGGGCUUUUUUGUUUGUUUUUGCUUAAAGGAAAAUCCACAAGAAUCUUCCUAACUUCUUAUAUUCAAACUAGCUAGUUAGAACAAAAUAUCAGGAAAGCUAAUCUGAUGUGCGAAGUUAAAUGUCUUUAAAAUACCUGUUAAAAAAAACAACACAAAAAACACUCUAGCUGAACUGUAAACUAUGUAGUCCACUUUGCACUAAAAUUAUUCACUUAGAGUUUUUUAAACACUGUUAGAGUCUAGGCUUUGAAAUUUAAAUGUUUGUUGAUCCCUAUGUGACAGAGAUGUGCAUGAAUGAUCGUUUUUCUUAAUUUUUGGAGGGAGUAGGGAGAGAGCUUGAGGGUAAGCGUAGGGGGAAAGCAUAUAGGCUAAUAUUGUAAAAUAGCUAAAAUAAUUUUAGCUGUAAAUUGGUCUCAGAAGUAUUAUGGAAAUAGGGUAAAACCUGAGUCUUGUAGAGGGCUGAGAACAGUAAGUUACUGUACAGUUUGCACUAAGAAGCAAGGUGAAUAGUAUGUGUUUAGCAAUCAGGGAAAUUUCUGCGACUGCAGCUGAAUAUUAUGUUAUAGGCAAGUAUUGCCUUUCUGACCCUGAAGGUUGGGGUAAACGUUGUUUAGGUGAAUGAUUUUAAGGUUUUCAAAAUCUUGUAUGGUUUUUAUAAAUAUAUAUAUGUAUAUAAAUAUAACAAAUGUAGAUACGUUCUGUAUAUAAUGAGGAAUUUAAAAACAAUUUUACUAUUAAAAUACAGUCUAAAGGUGGUUUUCAUUUCAGUGAUUAUUUUAGUUUUGUUCAUCUUCUGAGGUGUCAUGCCUGUAUGGCUGUUAUACAGUGUAUCUUCUAGUUCGCUACUUCAGUUUCCAUAUGGCUACUCACACUACAGUGAAUAACUAAAACUGUGAUGCCACGUAAUUUUUACGGUGAACAUAGCAGGGACUAUACUUGCUUUGAAAAAGAAAAGUCCUGUUGUAUAUGUGUCAUAGAAUACUGUAGUAAAAAACUGUGUUGAAUUGAAGUGAUACCAUGCUCUAUUUUUGUGUAUCUUACUGUAUGAGGUUGCUGUGAUUGAUACAGUAAAAUAUAUGCUAAUUGAAAA